UGGCGGGGGCGGGGCGCGGCGGCGAAGGCGGCACUGAGCCCCGGCAGGAGCGGAGCCGGGCCCGGGGCUGGACCAGCGCCGAGCGCAGUGAAGGCCGGAGGCACUGGCAGGGCCAGGAGGUGUACCUGGGCCGGUUGAGUCCACGUUUCGUCUGUCAGGCACUACAGGUGUGACCUUGGCAGGAUGGAGCCAGGUGAGGAGCUGGAGGAGGAGGACUCUCCAGGGGGUCGUGAGGAUGGCUACACUGCUGAGCAUCUGGCUGCAGAGGCCAUGGCAGCUGACAUGGACCCCUGGCUAGUGUUUGACGCCCGCACUACACCUGCUGCUGAGUUGGAUGCCUGGUUGGCCACGUACCCACCAUCCCAAGUUACCCGCUACGGGGACCCUGGCUCUCCCAACUCUGAGCCUGUGGGCUGGAUUGCAGCAUAUGGGCAGAGCUACAGCCCCAACUCGGGUGACGUGCAGGGCCUGCAGGCAGCCUGGGAGGCACUGCAGACCAGUGGGCGGCCCAUCACGCCAGGUACCCUGCGCCAGCUGGCCAUCACCCACCAUGUGCUCUCAGGCAAGUGGCUGAUGCACCUGGCACCUGGCUUCAAGCUGGACCAUGCCUGGGCUGGCAUUGCUCGGGCUGUGGUGGAGGGCCGGCUUCAGGUGGCCAAGGUGAGCCCACGGGCCAAGGAGGGUGGGCGCCAGGUCAUCUGUGUUUACACAGAUGACUUCACGGACCGCUUGGGUGUAUUAGAGGCAGAUUUGGCCAUCCGUGCAGCAGGCAUUAAGUGCUUGCUCACCUACAAGCCUGAUGUCUACACCUACCUGGGCAUCUACCGGGCCAACCGCUGGCACCUCUGCCCCACUCUCUAUGAGAGCCGUUUCCAGUUGGGAGGCAGUGCCCGUGGCUCCCGUGUGCUGGACCGCGCCAACAACGUGGAACUGACCUAGUGGGGCCAAGUUGGGGGAGACCACCCUCUUCACCCCUUGCUAGGAAUGCAUCUUCCUGUCUUCCUCCUCCUUGUCCCAAGGAGGACAAGCCCCUCAGCUCCGAGGACUAGGUCAGUCGGGAACGGCCUGCAUCUUUGAUCCCUUGAACUCCUGCCCUCUGUUCAGAGCUGACUCAAGUCCCAACUGGCUAGAGGCUCUGGCUCCUGAGGGCCAGCCCCUCAGCAUCUCUCUUUGCUGCUGCUUCCUUCUGCCCUCCAGGACUGAAGGCUGGGUGCAGAUACCCAGGAGGAGAGCCUUUCUUGGCCUCCUCAUCCUCAGCCAAUCCUCCCCUUCUCUUCCUCCCUCACAAGUGAGAAAGCUUAGUGCUUCCAGUCCCUCUCCCUGGGGCCUUCACAGUCCAGGGGGCAGAGGCCCUGCAGGCAUGAGCAUACCAAUUUGUUGGGGGCAGGUGAAUGUACCCACUCAUCCCCUGGCAGAGAGCAGGGAUGUCAGGGCCAUGGACAAGGGGCCCGCCCUUCCCUGCCACCUCACAGCCUGCACCACCUACCUUCCUCCCUUUGUUACCUUGUCACAUGCCUGCUCCUGACAUUUGAAUAAAACCCAGCUUGGGUCUUUGUCUUGAGUGUUUUUUAAAA